AUGAGGAGGUUCACAAGACCAAAGGUGAUACCUUUACUUGCUAAAAAGCCACCAUCACAACUCCCACACCUCUCUCCAAUCCCAAACCCAUCCCUUCCUCAACCCCCACAAAACCCAUCACCACCUUCCCCAAUCCUCACUCUCUCCCACACCCAAAACCACACCCACCUCCUCACCUUCAUCAAAACCCACAUCAAAAACCCACCUCUUACACCCAAAACCCUCCUCCAUUUCCUCAAGUCCAAGCUCCACCACCACCCCACCUUCACCCACCUCGACUUCCACGUCUUCAACUGGGCCUCCACCGUCGACUCCUACCGCCAUGACCACUCCACUUUCGAAUGGAUGGUCUGCUCUCUCGCAAACACUGCCCGCUUCUCCGAGCUGGGUUGUCUUCUUAGUUUCAUUGUUGCUAAUCCAUGUCCUUGUUCUGAUGGUAUUUUCUCUUGCCCAAGAACUGAACCCAUUUUUCGAUUUGCGAUUAGCGCUUAUUGUAGAGUAGGGAGGUUGGAUGAUGCUGUUAGAGCAUUUGAUUCCAUGAGGAAGCUCAUUGAUGGGAAGGCUAGUGUUGUGGUUUACAACAUUUUGAUUAAUGGGUUUGUGAAAUGUGGGGAGCAUGAUAAGGCUUUGUGGUUUUAUGAGAGGAUGGUGAGGGAUAGAGUUAAGGGUGAUGUGUUUACUUUUAAUAUUUUGAUUAGUAGUUAUUGUCGAAAUUCUCAGUUCGGGUUGGCUUUGGAGUUGUUUAAGGACAUGAGGGGGAAAGGGUGUAGUCCCAAUGUGGUGAGUUUCAAUACUUUGAUUAAGGGGUUCUUUAGGGAGGGGAAGUUUGAGGAUGGGAUUGAGAUGGCUUAUGAGAUGAUUGAGUUUGGGUGCGAGUUUUCGAGUGUGACUUGUGAGAUUUUGGUUGAUGGACUUUGUAGGGAAGGUCAGGUUGAGGAGGCGUGUGAGCUGUUGAUUGAUUUUUCGAGGAAAGGAGUGGUGCCUAGGGGGUAUGAUUAUUAUGGUCUUGUUGAAGUUCUUUGUAGGAAAGGGAAUUCGGAGAGAGCGUUGGAGGUUGUAGAUGAGCUGUGGAGGAUGAGAAAUGUUCCAAGCUUGAUUGCUUGUACUACUUUGGUUGAGGGUUUGAGGAGAUCAGCAAGAAUUGACGAGGCUUUGGAAGUGAUGGGAAGGAUGCUUGAAGUGGAUAUGGUUCCAGAUAUUGUGACUUUUAAUUGUCUCCUUCAAGAUCUCUGCAAUUUAGGGAGAACUGAGGAAGCUGAUAACCUUAGUUUGUUGUCUUCGACUAAAGGCUUGGAGCUAGACGCCACAGCGUAUACCAUUUUGGCGUCCGGUUAUUCAAGAGAAGGGAAAAAGAAGGAGGGGAAAGUGGUUGUGGAUGAAAUGCUAGAUAUGGGAUUUAUACCUGAUCUUGCUACAUAUAAUAGGUUGGCUAAUGGAUGA